CUCUGUCCAAUGAGCAUCAUCGUUUUUCACAUCGUGCACGUUUCCGUGCACACUCCUGGCCGAGACCGGGAGCGAGCGUGCAGCAGCCGUCCAUUCGCAGCAACGACUCUACGACGGACUGCAACAUUGUCAUCUGCUGCCGAGAAGACAUUUUCCAACACUGUGGUUCACUGGAUAAGUGAGUCGCCACGGUCUCUUUAACAACAAUGCCCCCUCCAAUGCGCCACCGCUCCAUGCGCGUCUUCAUGAACGAUGACCGCCACGUCAUGGCCAAACACUCCGUCAUCUACCCAACUCAGGAGGAGCUGGAGAGCGUACAAAACAUGGUGUCCCACUCGGAGCGGGCCCUCAAGGCCGUCUCUGACUGGCUGGAUAAGCAAGAGAAGGUACCCCCAAUGUCCGACUCUGAUAGCGCAGACACCGAUAAGGAAAGUGAGCACAGAGAUCAAGCAACCCGCUCUCUGCGGGGCGUAAUGAGAGUGGGCCUGGUUGCCAAAGGCUUACUACUGAAGGGGGACCUGGACCUGGAGCUGGUGCUCCUCUGUAAGGAAAAGCCGACCAUCAAUCUGCUGAAGAAAGUGUCUGAAAACCUUGUUUCGCAGCUCAAGGCGAUCACAGAAGACAAGUACGUGGUGACCCAGCAUGUCCAGGAGGCCAGUAUUGUCAUCAAGAACACCAAGGAGUCCCCCCUCACCCUCACCAUUCACCUGACCUCCCCACUGGUCCGCGAGGAGAUUGAGAAGGCCGUGUCCGGAGAAUCGCUUUCAGUCAACGAUCCCCCGGAUGUUCUGGACAGGCAGAAAUGCCUAACUGCCUUGGCGUCUCUCCGCCACGCUAAGUGGUUCCAGGCCAGAGCCAACGGUCUGCGCUCCUGCGUCAUCGUCAUCCGGAUCCUACGGGACCUCUGCGCCCGCGUCCCCACAUGGGCCCCGCUCCGUGGCUGGCCACUGGAGCUGAUCUGUGAGAAAGCCAUCGGGACAGGGAACCGACCCAUGGGGGCUGGGGAAGCUCUGCGCAGAGUUCUAGAGUGUCUGGCUUCUGGCAUCCUCAUGUCAGGUAUAUAUGGUGCUGGAAUCUCUGAUCCGUGCGAGAAGGAGGCCACAGACGCCAUCGGCCACUUGGACUGCCAGCAGAGAGAAGACAUCACAGCGAGCGCACAACAUGCCUUAAGGCUGUCGGCUUUUGGACAGCUUCACAAAGUGCUUGGGAUGGAUCCCCUCCCUUCAAAGAUGCCCAAGAAACCCCGUAGCGAGACUCCUAUUGAUUACACAGUGCAAAUCCCACCCAGCACGGCGUACGCCCCACCAAUGAAAAGGCCCAUCGAGGAAGAGGAGGGAAUUGAUGACAAGAGUCCAAAUAAGAAGAAGAAAAAGCUGCAGAAGAAAUCUCCAGAGGAGAAGGCCGAGCCUCCCCAGGCGAUGAACGCUCUGAUGAGGCUCAAUCAGCUGAAGCCAGGUCUCCAGUACAAGCUGAUCUCUCAGACUGGCCCGAUCCACGUCCCGGUCUUCACUAUGGCCGUAGAGGUGGACGGCAAGACCUUUGAGGCGUCUGGUCCCUCCAAACGCACUGCCAAGCUGCACGUAGCUGUAAAGGUCCUCCAGGACAUGGGCCUGCCCACAGGAGUGGAACUAAAGGCCGCUGAGACCGUAAAACCAGAGGAGGUGGUAGUGCCGGUCGCUGUGGAGGAAUUUAAACCAGUUAUAACACCCAUCGAAGCCCCGGCUGCCGCCACAGGAGCAGCCAAUUCCGACACCACGGACUCCGCAGAGAACGCUCGCCAACAGGGACCAAUUCUGACGAAGCACGGCAAGAACCCCGUGAUGGAGCUCAACGAGAAGCGCCGUGGCCUGAAGUACGAGCUCAUCUCCGAGACCGGCGGCAGCCAUGACAAGCGCUUUGUCAUGGAGGUGGAGAUCGAUGGACAGAAGUUUCAGGGGACGGGGUCCAAUAAGAAGGUGGCCAAGGCCUACGCGGCCCUGGCUGCUCUGGAGCGCCUCUUCCCAGAGGGCUCCAUGGCCGAGGCCGCUAAAAAGAAAAAAGGACCACCCAUGCACGCGCCGGGCUUCAACAUGAUGGGCUCUUCCGGGGCCGGAGAAGCUGCUUCGCCCAGGGGCCGAGGGAGAGGAGGAGGACGAGGUCGCGGAAGAGGCCGGGGCUUCAAUAACGGAGGAGGCUACAGCCAAGGAGGUGGCUUUGGAACAUACAGCUACGGAAACAAUGCCGUCUCCGGAUACAACUACUACAACAACGGUGGCACAAACGGAGGAGCCGGGGCAUCGAACAGCCCGUUGGGCGGCGCCCCCCCAGCCAGCGCGGCGCCAGGAUCGGUUCAGGCCUCUUACGGCUCCUACUACCAGAACGAUGGAGCCUACACCGCCACGUCUGCCGCAAAGAGCGGCAAAAAGAAGCCCCCCAUGAACAAGGGAGGGAAGGCACCCUUCACGAGUCCCCUAGGGGCGAACAGUGGGACCACUGGGGGGUACCAGUCUAGCAAUCCUCUAGGGCAGGGCUCCUAUAACCAGUAUGGCCAGGGCUAUGGGCAGGGGAAGAAGACUUUCAACCAGAACCAGGGGGGGGCGGGUGGAUACUCGUACAGCACUGCCUAUCCGAGCCAGGUGACCGGGGGUGCCGGAGGCAGCCAAGACUACAGUUAUGAAGGUUUCAACACCCAGUCCAAUUACAACUCACAAGGAGGAGCCGGAGGAGGCGGUGGCAACAAUAACAACAACAACCAGGGCUUUGGCAUCAACCACUCUCAGUACCACAACCCAGUGGGCUACGGCAGAGGGGACGGCAGUAUGAACUACCAGUACAGAUAAACUCUAACCGCUCCGCCUGUGAAUCAUCGGCAUCAAGCACUCCGCGGCGGUGUCUUCAGAGCCUUCUCCAAAGAAAGCGACUGCCUUUUCUGUCUUUGCUUCUUCUGUGCUUUUGAGUUUCUGUGUGGCACAAAUGGAGAUGACUGAACUUUUUAAGAGUCGGAGAUGGGAUGUGGCUGAAUUUAGUGGUUUGUUUCAGUGGUCUGGUCAGUGCUUAGUCUUGUGUUUUUAGGUUAUUCUUCUUAAAUCUAUGCCACCAGUCCUCAUCUUCAUCACUAAAUAAGGAAGGGUGAUUCCACAAGUUACUCACUGUCUCUGACUUGGUUUCCUUUUUAUUAAAGUGUUGUGUGGCGUAGGCAGUUUCCUUUUCUCCUGUGAAAAUAGAAAAAUCUUUGUAAUUUUUAAAACUACAAAGCUUGUUUUUCUUUUUCUUUUUUUUUUAUUAAUUCAAGAGAACGCGAAUAGCUUGUCCUUUUUCAGCAUUGCUUGUAAUUUUGGCUCAUUUUGUAAUUUACCUAAUGUGAUGUAGUUAUUUUAAUUAAUGUUUUUUUGGGAGUUUACCGGAAAUAAACUUACAGUUCACAUUUCUGCUCAAUGUAGCUUUUUCAUUGGGUUGGAUUUGUUCCUGUUAAUGUAUAACCAAGUGUUUGUAUUAAUAAAUGAUUUUUAUUUUGAAAUUUAUUAAA